AUGAAAAAAUUUGUGGUUAUAUUUUUAGCCUUAUGUAUUUUUAAAAAAAUUAUAGGGUUAAAGAUUUCUUUAAAAAAAAAAUAUCCAAAUGUUGAAAGUGGAGUUUAUCAAUUAGAUAACAAAGGAAGACCAAUCAAACUAGUGGAUGUGAAUUAUAAUCAUAUAUGGGAAUUACCUAAAAAUGGAACAGUGAAUUCUUACACUGUUGUUAAAAAAAAUGGAAAAACAAAAAAAUUUAGUGAAGGAACAAAUAUAAUAUAUGGAACUACCAAAAGGGUGAAUUUACCCGACGUUGAUGAAAUAGAUGAAAAUACAAUAAAAGAAAAAAUUGAGAACGAAAAAAAAAUUGGUAACAUUAAAAAUGUAGCUAAUAUUUCAAAAAAAACAAAGGAUAUCGAAGAUGAAGAAAAAAAGAGAAAACGACAGAAAAAAACAUUACCACAAGCUAUGCAUAUAACUGCGGAAGAUGUUCCUGAAAAAACUAAAGACGAAGAUUCACGAGAGAUAGACAUGGGAUAUGAAUUGGGAGAUAUGAUAAAAGAGAACUUGGAAAGCCAUUAUGAGGAAACAAAGGCGCCUUCAAAUUUAAGCAACGAUUUGAUAGAUAUAAAAAUCCCAGUUACGUUGGAAAAAUUGUUACUUGAUGAUUUGGAAGAAAGAAAGUGGAUAUCUAAAAAAAUAAUGCAUGAUAAAAUAUGUUUGCGGGAUUAUUCAAAAAUGUGUCCUUCUGUUUGGGAGCAAAUAUCAGAAACACAAUGCAUGUCACCCAAGGAUUAUUCUGGGCCAUGUUCCCAUAUUAUGACUUUCGAGCCAAAAACGGCAAAGGAAAAAAGUGUAAUAGCAAGGGACUGUAAUGUUUCUUGGUCAUGUCUUAAUGAGGAAUGUGGUAACGAUGAAAGAGAUUACUCAAAAAAGUGUCCCGAUAAUUGGGUAUAUUCUGGAAAAUGCGAAGCACCAGAGAAUUAUGAUGGAGGAUGCAAUAAAAGUGUGGAUUUUGAUGCAUUCACACAAAAUGAAAAGGAGGAAUUUUCUUCUGCAUGUAAAGUGGUAUGGCCAUGUAAAGAACAAUCCUGUGAAAAGGAUUACUCGAUAGUUUGUCCAAAAGGAUGGUCCUAUGAUGCUAACAAAGAUAUUUGCAAUGUUUCCGAAGAAUUUAAAGGAUUGAUUUCAGAAGAAGAUGCAGAAAUAAUUAGUCACAUGACUUAUCAACAAAGAGCAGAAUUUUCGUCGAAAUAUGGAAUUGGAUGGCCAUGCAAAAAAGAAUGCACAUCCGGAUAUGAUAUAUAUGCAUGUCCAAGGGGAUGGGUAAAUUUAAUGAACUCUGGUAUGUGUAAAGCGCCAGAGGAAUAUACUCCGCUUAUAAACUGCCCAAGAAUAACUCAUUUUGAUUAUAUGAAUAGUAAAGAAAAAGAAAUGUUUAGUAAAAAAUGUAAUGUAAAAUGGUUAUGUGCUGAAAAUUCAGAAAGAGAUUAUUUUAAAUGCCCUAUAAACUUUGAAUACAUAAAUGAAGGGGAAUAUAAAGGGGGGUGCAAUCCAAAUGAGAAAUAUAAAGGACCAUGCAAAGGACCUCAAAAAUUAUUAUCAUUAACUCUUGAACAAAAGUAUAGUUUUGAAGAAGCAUGUGAAGCUCAAUUUCAAAAUUUAAAAAAAGCGGAUAUUCCACAGACAGAGCACGAUCUUUCUAUUGAUCCAAGUACAAUAGAAAAAAUGCUCAAGGGGGCUGAUAUAUCAAACAAAAAAGAGGUUACCUUAGAAUAG